AUGCCUCCUUCACUCACUGCAUCUGAGGGACCUACUCGGAUUAAUUCCGUCGCUGACCUGAAAGAUCUGCCACCACCUCUCCCAACCUCGGACGAGAAACCACUCGCAUCAGAGAAGAAGGUUGAAACCGUCACUGUGGCGAAGGAAGUGUCUACUGCCGUGAAGAAGCCCUCUCCGCCGAAGCCAAAGUGGAAGCGUGCAAGUCGCUGGGUACGCUUCAAGCUUUGGUACAACACCUACCGCAAAUUCUUCACCGUUGUUGUCACAUUAAACGCUAUUGGCCUCCUAUUAGCCGCUCUCAACGUUUGGACUUACCCUCGUCACUACACUGGUGCAUUUAUCCUCGGGAACCUUUUAACUGCGAUCCUUGUACGAAAUGAACUAUUUGGGCGCUUCUUGUACCUUGUCAUCAAUACUUGCUUCGCCAAGUGGACUCCCCUCUGGUGGCGCUUGGGAUGCACCUCUGUGCUACAACAUCUAGGAGGUAUCCACAGUGGCUGUGCGACCUCUGGUUGCGCUUGGAUCAUAUUCCGUGUUGUUUUAAUCUUCAUCAACCACAAGAACACUCACGACGCCAUUCUCAUCACUGGAGUGACCACGAACAUCUUCAUCUGCAUUUCCAUUCUUAGUGCCUUCCCAUGGGUCCGUAACACGCACCACAACAUGUUCGAGCGUCAUCAUCGUUUCAUCGGCUGGCUUGGUCUUCUGUCUACAUGGGUAUUUGUCGUCCUUGGUGACAUCUAUGACCCGAAUACAAGGCAAUGGGAUCCGAAUGGUACCCACAUGAUCAAGCAGCAAGACUUCUGGUUCGUUUUUGGCAUGACGGUAUUCAUCCUCAUUCCGUGGUUUACGGUACGAGAGGUCAAGGUCGACAUUGAGAUUCCUUCACCAAAAGUUGCCGUCCUUCGCUUUGAGCGGGGUAUGCAGCAGGGCCUUCUCGCCCGCAUCAGUCGCUCGUCCAUUAUGGAGUAUCACGCUUUUGGUAUUAUCUCUGAGGGGACGCACGCAAAGUACCACUACCUUAUUUGCGGUGUACAGGGCGACUUCACCCGUUCACUCGUCAAUGAUCCGCCCACUCAUAUUUGGACUCGUCAACUCAAAUUCGCCGGUGUUUCAAACACCUCGACGCUCUACAAGCGUGGUAUCCGUGUUUGCACCGGAACAGGUCUCGGCGCCGCCCUUUCGACUUGUAUUCAGUCUCCCAACUGGUAUCUCAUCUGGAUCGGGAGCGACCAGGAGAAGACGUUCGGGCCGACGAUUGCUGGCCUUAUUCAUAGGCACGUCGAACCCGAACGACUAUGCCUUUGGGAUUCUAAGCAGCGUGGAGGCCGCCCUGACGUGAUGAAACUCGUUCGCGAUGCCUACCACUCCUGGAAGGCUGAAGUUGUCUUUAUCACGUCAAACUACCAAGGUAACCAGGAGAUUAUGGAAGGUUGCAAAACGGAAGGUAUUCCGGCCUUCGGAACUCUCUGGGAUUUCUGA